GCUACACAUUCCUGGCCCGUAAAUAAGAAGACUUCAUUUUGAAACUGAACAUGAGCAGGAGACGACGGUGUAAACGGCAGCUGGUGAAGUUCAUCCAGCAUAUCCACCAACUCGUAACAGGAACUUUAAACUCAGAUAAUGAAGAUGAGGAGCAGGACAGGACCGUGGUGCGCCGUCGCCGUCCUGUUGAUUUGGAGCGAUUACUCAAUCAGAGCCGCUUCACCAAGAGAGAGCUCCAGAUUCUCUACAGGGGUUUCAAAAGCGAGUGUCCCAGCGGUCUUGUUAAUGAGGAUACAUUCAAAACCAUCUAUGCUCAGUUCUUCCCUGGUGGAGAUGUUUCAAAAUAUGCUCAUUUUCUCUUCAGUGCAUUUGAUACAGAUCAGAAUGGCAUAGUGAUUUUUGAGGAGUUCGUAAGAGGCCUGUCGGUUCUGCUGCGAGGCUCUGCCGAGGAAAAGCUGUGCUGGGCCUUCAAUCUGUAUGACCUCAACAAAGACGGACACAUCAGUAAAGAGGAAAUGCUGGAUGUAAUGAAAGCUAUUUAUGAUAUAAUGGGGAAGAAUAUUCCUCCACUGCUGAAAGAGGAGGCGCCCAGGCAACAUGUUGAGCUUUUCUUUCAAAAAAUGGACCAGAACCAGGAUGGUGUGGUUACUGUUGAAGAAUUUAUUGAUACCUGUCAAAAAGAUGAAAAUAUAAUGAAAUCUAUAGGAAUUUUUGAGAACAACAUCUAGGAGCAGUUUGUGCUUCACUGCUGGGACAUGACAGCCAUCGGCUCUUGAGGGUAUCUGCAGCUGGGGAGCCAUCCAUGGACGCUGUGGCCGGUCUGUCAUUCAUGAACUCAGCUCUCAGUGUCCACUGUUUGGUUCGGCACUGAGGAGCCAGGAGCUUUGAGCUGUUAUAUACUUCACUCACAUUAAAAGCGAUAGUUUGAUGAAAAAUCUAAAUUAUACAAAUGUACA